AUGUCAUUCAAUUUUGCCAAUUUCACGAAAGAUUUGAAAUCAUUUGGAGAUAAAAUCUCCUCUGAUUUCAAUAAGGAGGUGCUUCCUAUGGCUCAAAGAACUCAGCGUAUGGUUCAAGAGAAAAUCGGCAAGAUUUCCAAAGAUGAAAUAUCUCAAUUGCCCAAGGAGUAUACUGAGUUAGCUCAAAGAUGCAAUAACAUUGAGCUGCUUUAUAAGAAUAUUCUCAAGGUUACUACAAAUUACGAAAACGAGUCCUAUGAUUAUCCUACCAAUUUGCAAGAAUCAUUUAGUGAAUUUAGUCAUAAUAUUACUACUAGAUUCAACAAUUUAUCCAAGGCUACCACUACUGCCGAGGCGCAAGCAGCAUUGGUUAAACCAAAUGACGACCAGUUUAGGACUCCCAAGACAAUGUACCAUGCAUUGAGCAGGGCCACUGAUGCUAGCAUUUUGACCAAUGGAGAAAACGAGGCAGCAACCUCCGCAAGAGACGAGGAUCCUUUGAUUAAAGGCUUGGAUCUUUACUCUUGUAAUCUCAAUAAGAUUGCUAAUGCCAGAAUCGGACAAGAUCAGUUGAUAAAGCAGAAAUUCAACAUUCCCUUAAAGGCUACUCUACGCUCAUUGAUUUCCCAAUCGAACAAUAUCCAGAAAAAAGUCGAGUCAAAAAGAAUUGACUAUGAUUUGGCUAGGUAUAAUUUGACCCAAUGCACCAAUCCUACCAAAGAGAGCAAAUUACGCGUUGAUAUGGAGAAUGCAGAGGACGAAUUUGCCAAUACCGUGGAAGAUGCUAUUAAUAUCAUGCAAAACGUGGUGGAAAAUGCUAAACCGUUACUAGAACUCUUGAACUUGAUUGAAGCACAAUUGGCAUAUCACAAAUUGGCUAGCGAGUUGUUGGGUGGUAUGGUUGGUCAAUUUGAGGAAUUAAUCGAUGAACAAAAUAAGAAGAGCGGCAAUGUUGGAAGCAACACCGUUGAACAAGGUAAAGAGACGGGAGAGUUUGAUAUUUAA